AUGCUUGAGUUCCAAACCGUUGGAACACCAACUUCCCAGGGAAAACUCAUCACCAUCGAUGACACUGUCACCAUCCUUGCAGACCCUGGUUGGUCCGGUAUAGAAACAGACCUCGACUGCUACACCCCCCUUGUCUCCAAAAUUGACAUCAUCCUGCUAUCCCAGUCCACUGUGGACUUCAUUGGUGCUCUACCCUACCUCUACUAUAGAUUCCCCCUGCUGGAAAAUGUCCCGAUAUUCAGUACCUUGCCCACCAUGAAGAUGGGCAAAACGGCUGUCUUGGAGUUCUACUCAACCUUGAAACUCUUGGGGCCCGUCAACAACACCUUCAAAUUGGAACUCUCCUUCAUCAACUCCAUCUUCAACAGAAUCAAGUCGUUGAACUACUCCCAGACAAUCAGGAUAUCCAUUAAAUCGGUCAACUUGUCCAUUACUUCGUUGAACUCGGGCUACUCCUUGGGUGGAUCCAUUUGGGUGGUGGAAAACAACAAGAAAGAAAAAAUCAUUUAUGCACCAAUGUGGAAUCAUAGCAAGGAUAACUACCUAAACGGUUGUAACAUCUUUAGUAACCAGCUGAUCUUGAGACCAACUACAUUUAUCACAAAUUCAGAAGUAACCUCUACCAAAUUCUCCCAUAAUAGCCGAUUGAACCUAAUGUUGCAAAACUUAAAUCGAAUCAUCCAUAACAACAACAACAUUCUAAUACCAAUCACAUUAACGGCUAGGUUCUUUGAAGUCAUUCUACCCAUUCUCACCAAGUCUAACGUAAACGCCCCAAUCUAUCUCGUCAACUAUACAAAGUUAGAAAACUUGAAAAUUUUGGGAAACUUUAUAGAAUGGAUGAACUCAAAUAUCAUCAAGUUCUGGGAAACCCAGUCAUCAAAACUACUUGAAAAUAACCGUAUUAAAUGUAUAAACCUUAGGGAGGUGGAGGACCUCAUGGAUAGCCGACCUGCAAUAUUUUUCGUUGAUUAUCUCGAUCAUAGAGAUUCAAACUUUUGGCAACUCGUAUCAAGAUUCGAAAACUUUAAAAAGAACUUCACCAUCUUGAUGACUGAAAAGCCUAACCCAAAUUCAAACAUGAACAACCUGUACAAAUCAUGGAAACACAACAUUGAUUCUACAGAAUUGAACCCCAAGGAGGGAGAAUUGACCGACAUCUCCAUGGAAGUUGAUAUCUCAUCGUUUGUUGAAGUGCCCCUUCAUGGCUCUGAUUUAUCCAAGUACGAGAAAUUAGUUGCGGAAUCGAAGGAGAAGGAGAUACAGAGACUCAAAGAGGUUGAAGAACUUGCUAAGCAACAGAAACAAGAAGAACAAGACGAAAAUGAGGAUGACGAGGAGGAUGAUGAAGAUGACGACGAUGAUAUCGUCAAUGGGACUGGCAAUGGCACUGUCAAUGGUGAUCGUGAUGGGCGUCUUGGAAGAAAAGAUCUAGUUCAGGAUGAGGCCGCCGAACAAGCCAAUUUGGAAAAUCAGACCAAGUAUCAAUUCAACGAAUCAACCAUCUUAAGAAUGGAUCAGAUUUUGAGUAUCCCAAGAGACUUCGACUUCAGGCUCUUCAAAGAACGCCAACGGGUUUUUCCUAACGUCAAUUUGAAAUUAUCAAUUGAUGAUUACGGUGUCGUUAUAAAACAUGCAGAUUUCCAAACAUACGAGAAUGAUCGAUUCCCAAUUAUAGCUGAUCGUACCAACAAUGAAAAUGCCGGUCUUGGAAAUGGCCGUCUUUGUGAUGGUAAUGGUGACGAUGAUGCUGGUAGUGAGGGAGGCGAUUAUGAGGGUAACCGCAAUGUUGGAAAUAAUAGGAAAAAACGGAAAAUCACUGAAUCUUACUCUUUGGAUCCACUAAAGGAUCCUGUACAGCGUAUCUAUACUACGCGCAAACUCAAGAUAACAUGUGGGUUUACAUUUAUCGACAUGAGUGGACAACACGACUUGAGGUCUCUCAAGAUAUCCAUUGAAAAGCUGAAACCCCGUAAAUUGAUCAUAUUACCAGAAUUUAAGAACGGGAAUGUCAACAAUCUCAUUGAGGAAUUGAACAAAGAUAUCAUGGUCAACAAAAACUUAAACACAGAAGUUCUAAAAUCGAAACUGAAUAAAUCGUUGAACUUGGGAGAUUUGAUUACAAAUUACGAAAUCUUAAUCGAUGAUGACCUAGCAAAAUCACUCAAUUGGAACCUAUUGAAUGAUGAAUAUAAUGUCUCCUCAAUAAACGGUAUUGUCGAAAAAAUUAAAGAUUGGGAUUACAAACUAGUCAAGGACGGUGGUGACGGCUCUAACAAGGAGAAAUCUAAAAUCAAAAUUGGUGACAUCAAAUUGACAAAGCUACGUAACAUUCUAAGCAAGAACCACAGUGUAGAAUUGUUAGGUGAUGGUAGAUUGAUUAUAGACGAUGAAAUCAUAGUCUCUAAGGAGGAUGACGGCGAUCUAAAGAUAAGCUCGAAUCUCUCUCCUCUGUUUUACACGAUAAAGCAGACAAUCGAAAAUUUAUUAGCAACUAUUUAA